CCCGCACCCCACCUCCGCCAAUGAGACCAGUGUGAGCAGUGCCAGCACUAAGGUGAAGACACCAAGACUCACAGAGGCCAAGCCACUCGCCGGGGGUCACACAGCCAAAGGAGGCAGAACCAGAAGUCACCCAGAUCCAGAGACAACAGGAAAAUGGCCACCUGGAAUGAAAAGGCAGUCACCCGCAGGGCCAAGGUGACUCCUGCCGAGAGGAUGAGCAAGUUCUUGAAGCACUUCACCGUCGUUGGGGAUGACUACCACGCCUGGAACAUCAACUACAAGAAGUGGGAGAAUGAAGAGGAAGAGGAGGAGGAGGAGCAGCCACCGCCCACACCAGCCUCAGGCGAGGAGGGCAGAGCUCCUGAACCCACAGCGGCCCCUGCCCCUACCCCUGUGCCCAGGCCCCGCCUAGACUUCAGGACCACUUUGAGGAAGCUCUUCAGCGCCCACAGGUUUCAGGUUAUCAUCAUCUGCCUGGUCAUUCUGGAUGCUCUCCUGGUGCUUGCCGAGCUCGUUCUGGACCUGAAGAUCAUCCAGCCCGACAAGAAUAACUAUGCUGCUAGGGUGUUCCACUACAUGAGUGUUGCCAUCUUGACCUUUUUCAUGAUGGAGAUUUUCUUUAAAAUAUUUGUCUUCCGCUUGGAGUUCUUUCACCACAAGUUUGAAAUCCUGGACGCCAUCGUCGUGGUGGUUUCCUUCAUCCUCGACAUCGUCCUCCUGUUCCGGGAGCAUGAGUUUGAGGCCCUAGGGCUGCUGAUUCUGCUCCGGCUGUGGCGGGUGGCCAGGAUCAUCAAUGGGAUAAUUAUCUCAGUUAAGACACGUUCAGAACGGCAGCUAUUAAGGUUAAAACAGAUAAACAUACAACUGGCCACCAAGAUCCAACACCUUGAAUUCAGCUGCUCUGAGAAGGAACAAGAAAUUGAAAGACUUAACAAGCUAUUGAGACAGCAUGGACUUCUUGGUGAGGUGAACUAGAUGCAUACCUGCUCCACCCUGAAGGGAAGACCUGCCUCACGGGCUUGUGACCGGGAAGACAGCCGCCCUCCUGGGGCCGUGUCGGGGAGAGGUUUGGUUUGACAGCUUUGCCUCACUGCCGCCAGCUUGGAUUCUGGGGGACGACACAGUCUUUCAGAGGCUCUAUUUCUUCCUUGGUGUGACUGAGAACAUCCCAUCCCAUUCCCACCCCACAGUGUGUAACAAAUGUAUCAUAAACUACAUUUUUCUCAUGUUGAACACUUUACUCUUGCUUGAAAAUGAACAAGCUGGAUAAUUACUAGCUGUAUAUAA